AUGGCGAAGUCGUCUUUUUCACGGACGUACUUCUGCAAGGGUGAGGCUCCCCUUGCAGCCCGCCGUUCAGAGGAUCCUGACGCAGAUAGGCUAUGCUCCGGCCAAUUCAACCCCAACUUCUGGGUAGCGCUAAUGGGUGUGGUCACAGCCUUCGGCAUGGCUGGCGAGGGAGAGCCUUCGUACGAGCAGUUCUCCCAUCUGCACAGCGUCACAAAGUCGAAGUCUGCCGAUCACGGGGGUUGGGUUCAGGCUAACUGCCUGAAGGCUACCGAGCGCGGCCAUUUUGUCAACGCCGUGCCAACCUCCCAGAAAACGUGGAGGAAACGGCGGGUGCUUUUGUCCCGUGACUGGGAGUCGCCCUCAGGACAUCCCGUUCGUUUCCACAUUCCCACCACGUUCCAAAUUGCCGGUAAAUUGAAGCAGCCGAGCGCUACACAAGCGGAGAUUCGACAGAUCAAGAGGGUGAGGCUGAAGGUCCCCGCCGUGGAGAAGGGUUUAUCCGAAGUUUCUCUUCACCACCAAUCUUAUCAAAGCUCAACUUGUUAG